GUGUGCGUCCGUGCACCGUUUCGUCCUUUUUGUGCAUUGUACGUGCGUGCGUGUGUGUUUGUGUGUGUCCGUUCCAUCUCGAUUGUGAUCGAAGAUCAUUUUCGGCAAAUCGUACGAGUGACCCACAGCAACCGCUCGUCGUCAGAGGUAAAGCCACGGCAACGGUGAUCCACGAGACGGAAGUGACGGAAGGCGGAGCGAUCGGGGUUUGAGUUCGAGCAGACAGCAGCAGAGGCAGCAGCAAAUCGUCCAGGAUGGGUAAGGAGAAGACGCAUAUUAACAUCGUCGUCAUCGGGCACGUCGAUUCGGGCAAGUCGACCACGACCGGGCACCUGAUCUACAAGUGCGGUGGCAUCGACAAGCGCACGAUCGAGAAGUUCGAGAAGGAGGCCCAGGAGAUGGGCAAGGGCUCGUUCAAGUACGCCUGGGUGCUGGACAAGCUGAAGGCAGAGCGCGAGCGCGGCAUCACGAUCGACAUCGCGCUGUGGAAGUUCGAAACGUCCAAGUACUACGUGACGAUCAUCGACGCGCCCGGUCACCGGGAUUUCAUCAAGAACAUGAUCACCGGCACGUCGCAGGCCGAUUGUGCGGUUCUGAUCGUGGCCGCCGGUACCGGCGAGUUCGAGGCCGGCAUCUCCAAGAACGGCCAGACGCGCGAGCACGCCCUGCUGGCGUUCACGCUCGGCGUCAAGCAGCUGAUCGUCGGCGUGAACAAGAUGGACUCGACCGACCCGCCGUACCACGAGGCCCGCUACGAGGAAAUCAAGAAGGAGGUGUCGUCGUACAUCAAGAAGAUCGGCUACAACCCGGCCUCGGUGGCGUUCGUGCCGAUCUCGGGCUGGCACGGUGACAACAUGCUCGAACCGUCCGAAAAGAUGCCCUGGUUCAAAGGAUGGGCCGUCGAGCGGAAGGAGGGCAAGGCCGAGGGCAAGACGCUCAUCGAAGCGCUGGACAACAUUCUGCCGCCUUCGCGCCCAACCGACAAGCCGCUGCGCCUGCCGCUGCAGGACGUCUACAAGAUCGGCGGUAUCGGCACGGUACCGGUCGGUCGUGUGGAAACCGGUGUCCUGAAGCCAGGAAUGGUGGUCGUUUUCGCCCCCGUCAACAUCACCACCGAGGUCAAGUCCGUGGAGAUGCACCACGAGGCACUGUCGGAAGCCAUGCCCGGAGACAACGUGGGCUUCAACGUCAAGAACGUGUCGGUGAAGGAGCUGCGCCGCGGCUACGUGGCCGGCGACUCCAAGGCGAGCCCCCCGAAGGGUGCCGCCGACUUCACCGCCCAGGUUAUCGUGUUGAACCACCCGGGACAGAUUGCGAACGGCUACACGCCGGUGCUUGAUUGCCACACCGCUCACAUCGCGUGCAAGUUUGCCGAAAUCAAGGAGAAGUGCGACCGCCGCUCGGGCAAGGUGACGGAGGAGAACCCGAAGUCGAUCAAGUCCGGCGACGCUGCCAUCGUCAACCUGGUGCCAAGCAAGCCGCUGUGCGUCGAGAGCUUCCAGGAGUUCCCGCCGCUCGGCCGGUUCGCCGUGCGCGACAUGCGCCAAACGGUGGCGGUCGGUGUCAUCAAGUCGGUCAACUUUAAGGAGGCAUCCGGCGGUAAAGUAACGAAGGCCGCCGAGAAGGCCCAGAAGAAGAAAUAACUAGAGACGCAGCAACACCCGUCACUAGUCGUAGAGGAGGCAGUUGAAGAAGAGGAGAAAGAAGCAGUAGUAGUAGAAGGAGAAGGAGAGGCAAGAGAAGCAGUACUACCAACAGCAGCACCGGAACACGAUCCAACCCAAUGCUCUACAUUACUGAAACACAAUGACGAUGACGAUGCUGGUGGUGAUGAUGAUGAUGAUGAAGAUACCGUGGCAAUGAUGGGGUACGCCGCCGCAAACGGACUGCUCCCCGCUGAAAGGGGUCCCCGCUCGGCCGGAAGUGCCGCGGCCGUUGUGGUGCAGCCCGGAACAAAUCAUUCAUUAUCCUUAUUAUUAUUAUUAUUACAUAAUAAUCUAAGAAUUAAUAUUAACGAGAAACUACCACUUAACAAUGCUACUACUGAUAACACAUAUAAUUGUAAUAAUUUAAAACAACAACACUCAUCGUCAACAUUUCGACGUAGCACCGACGGUGGCCGUGGCGUCGCUCUGAUGCUGCGCGGAGGCGAAGCCCACCGUCUCGCCGGGAUGGCGGCAGUGGCAGAGGCAGUGGCGGCGACGAUCGCUUGCCCGACCACCGGCUACAUUUCUUCCCCGCAACAACCAUCGCCCUCGCUGGCGCUCUCUUCAUCGGUGACUAACUUAUUUUACCAUCACCAUCGCAAAGCAUUUCGAAGGAAAGCACAUGGCGCCGCCGCCACCGCCGCCGGCGACUGCAGCCCGUACCCUCCGGCCGGUGAAUCCCUGGCACCGGGGGAAAUCGCACUGAGUGCCAUUGCCGACGCCGUCAUCUUCUGCAUCGGUCUCAUCAUCGUUGUUGCACCGAACAUCGGGUGCCAAGUAGCUGCCACCGCCAAAGUAGAGCGAAGCCCGCUUCUUCUGACCUGUGCGCCGCCACCGCCGCCGGCAGGAUGCUGAUGGGCCACAGUACUGCACUACCACCAAAGGCGGCCCGCGGAUGUUCGUUCGCCAUAACAACACAUGCUGCUCAAGCCACACAGAUCGUCCCGGUUCGAGAAUACUCAUGGCAGGCGCGCACGGAUGAACGCACAGCCUCCCACGGGACGACGGAGGCGACAGCGCGCAGGGCAGGGCCAUUUGUUUCAAUCACUUCGUUAGUAAACGUUCCGCGCUCGGGCAAUGACAAGCCCCCCAAAAAGACUCAUCGAAUAACACACAGGAUACCAGGAUACGCAGGAUUGAGCAUGAAUCGCUGAACAAGAAAAUGAAAAAAGACCAUUUAUUAUGAUCCUUACGGUUGUGUUUUAAUUUCCGCGCAAACCCUGCCGCUCGGUUGGUUCCCUAUCGAAGCCACUCUUUGGUUUGGAUGGGUUUUCUUUUCUUUUGCUUCUUUUGGCUGUGUUGGCGCGUUGGUUACCUUCAAUUGAGUUCGCUUUUUCCGCGUUAACCGGCAAACCGUUUUUCGGCGAUCCAACAUCACUUCGUCCGCCGGUGCCGACACGUUUCUGCAGAGCCGCUCCCGCCCGUCGUGGUGAGCUAUGCGCUGAACAUCAGUGGGCAGCAUACUGGGGGGAUCUUCAUGGAGGGGGCACGCAAAGGCAUCGAUCGCGGCGGCAACCACACAUCCAACAACAGCCCGGGUGGCCACGGGCAGAUUGGUAGAGCCGAGUUGGGAUGCAAACCAAUUGGAAAACAAAACCUGAAGUUAGUCUGUGUGUGUGUGUGAAACUAAGUGUAACCAACCUGCAACGCCCGGGACACGGGACAUACAACUAUCAAUAAAUUUCAAGAAGAAGGCUUGA